AUGUUGAUGCUAACUUUCAUACUUGGGUCCUUAUUCAUCGCCCUUGUUUAUACUGCUCCAUUUGAAAAACAUGUCAUCCGAGAUCGUACUUUUGUUGAAAUCGAAGCUGUUCAUUUGAUUGAUACCCCACUUGGAAUUCAAAUUGUACAUGCUGUGGUCCCAUUGUCAAAUGUAGCUGUUGAUGAAGGACUCAAAUCGGACAGUGUUUGGUAUAUUCCCGAACAGCAGGAAUUUCCGAAAUUGGGCUACCUCACCUCGCACGGCUGGUUUUUUCUCCAGGAGCACCAUUUCCAGAGGAUCAAAAAACGGGCGUUCGCUAAGAAGGCUCCUAAAAAUGCCCAGUUGGAUGUGACGAGUCUAGUGAGAUUAGUGCCGUCCUCGUUCAAAAAUGUGCAGUUUAUCAGGGAAGGACCGAUGGGCGCCUAUGUUUACAGCGAUGAUGGGAAGAAACAGAAUGAUGAAUUGUUCGAGACCGUCCAUUCCCCAACUACCAGAACGAGUGAAACUCAAGUGGUGCAGACUGGAAAUCUUGCUGCCUACAUCUAUACAGAAAUCCCAGAACCUCAACCAUUCGUCCCUGGAGAUGCAUCCCUUUACUGGCUAAUUCCUGCCAUUCCAUCAGAAUCGAAAAAUGGAAAAUCCUAUACGACACGUCUUCAUGAUUCAUCGCUUUUAUUGUAUCAUGGAAUGCCAAGACUGAUCAUAUUGAAGACUUAG